CUCUAUAAAUUGGGCCUAUUUAGCCAUUAUUGGAAAAUUUAGUUCGAUAAAAUCUAAAAGUUUGUUUUAUGCCUAGCAAGGCUACAACGUGGAUGAACACAGUUUCAAAUUAGUGCUAUAGUUUAUGGAGUAAACGUUGAUGUUGAUUGUACGAUGUAGUUUUAAAUUUUAUAGAGUUAUUAUUUUUAUCUAAUUACAUUUUUGGGAUGGUCAAGCGGGAGGUCAAGGUUAACGAUACUCCUGACGAGUCAUCCCCGUCCGGAGACCCUGUAGUUGAAGAAUCCUUGAUAUUAUUGGAUUUUCCAGAGUUUCAUUCGACUUGUCUCUUUAAUGAUUCCAGCUUCGAGCCAGCUUUGGAGGAGAAUAGUUUCGGAACUCUACAUAAAAUUACAAACUGUAGUUUCAACAAGAUAGAUAUAGGCGGAAUCGACACAAAAACCCCAAUGUGUAUAUUAAAUGAUCACAUACCAUUCUCUGGUACUCACAUGAAGAAUGGAUUAACGUACGUCUUGAUCGACAAGGACUCACUGCAACUCUCUGAGGACGAAACAAAGAUCGACUCUGGUUCAACAGAAGAAAAGAGCGUGUGGUAUACUCGUAAUUGUGUAGAAUUUACGGCGAAACUCUAGUUUUUCGACCUAGAUGACCGCUACCAGCUCCGGAACUAGAUUCGAGAUGGGUAAACAGUAACUUUCUUGGUGGAUACAAUCGCAAUUUAAAUCGAUAAAGGUAUAUCUACGACGAGGUGGUGCUUUAAUCGCAGAGGUAUGAACAAUAUUUUUGGAUGGGCAGCCAAUCGUUACACACAUGGUAGACUCUGACCAUACAAAUCAAAUGAUAAGGCUUUAUUGUGCCAUUCCAGAGCUGCCGAUGCCAUUGCCACCAAAUAUCUUGUGGCUUUGACAACCUAGUGGCCUAAUGGCCAAGCGUAUUCUUUUUGCCCAAAAAUUCGAGACUCGAUAGACACAUUGUCAUAGAUUAGG